AUGCAGCCCAAACCCAGGGACGACGUGAGCAUUGCCGUGUCGACAGCGGAGGGCACUGUAGAUUCCAAAGCGGAUCUUGCAGUGCUCAAGCGUCUCCUUGAAGUAAAAGAGGAGAUACGAAGGUGGAUUACUAGACGUGACGAUAUCGCAGUGCGCAAGAAGAAUCUCCUGAAAUUGCUCGAGCUUCAAGCUCAGAAGCUUGCAAACUUUUCUGCAAUUGAUGCUCAGAGAGUGAACAAAGAGGCGGAAAGGGUUACAAAAGACGGAGAAGAUGUGGAAAUGAUUGAUACUGCAGCUCUGGUGCGAAAGAACGAGUUGAAAGAGCUACAGACACGAGCAGGGGCGGCCCACGAGAAGCAGCAGAUGGUGGCAAGUGUGCUGGCAAGGAAGUUGAAGCAGCUGCAAGUCAAACGCAAGAGAGAAGAGAAGGAAACCAAUGACGGAUUGAACAAGCGAUCUCAUGUGAAAAGAGAUGAUCUAGUACAAACUGCUGCUGCUGUUGCCGCUGCUACCCCAUCUGCUGCCCCUCCUACUGCUGCUCCCGUUGUUGCCACAACUACCUCUUCUGCUACUUCUGCUGCUCCUGCUCUCGCUGGAAUGCACUCUUUCGCUAGUGCACCUGACUUUGAUGUAGGAACACGAAAAUUGGCAGAGGCCACGUGCUUUCGCAUCGCAACGCGUCAUCUCGUGCAGACGGGAAUGAUGAUCUCCAGCGAAAAGCUAAAGCAGGCGUUUGCAGUUUACACGGGGAAGGUUUUGGACGAGGGCAUUGACUUGCUGGUACUAGAACGCUGUUUGGCUUGCUUUGGUGAGCCCCGACGCACAUGUUCAACAUCAGCUGCGAGAAAGUCUGUGCACUGGCAACCCGGGCGUCAGUACUUAGAGAUCCCGACGUUCAUCUCAUCUGAUGCUGUUCGCAUUCAGUCUAUGAUCAGAGUUGAAAAGGAAGUUGUGGAUGCUGCUUGUAGUGCGCUGCAUCUGUUGGAUAUCCGAGAGCCUAAUAGAAGCUCAGCACUCGUCAGGAGACGUCGACAAGCAAACUUUAUGGAAGGCUGGCUGACUGGCGGUGCUUCAGCUUCUGCGCUUUCAGAUUUUCUCUGUGCUACCAUCGGUGUCAACUAUAUCGACCCGCUGACUGACAGACGUUUUAGCGUGGUGAACCAACCGAAUGGACGGGUGGCAGAUAUGUUCGAUGACAUGGAGAAAUGGCUGUGCGGGAAAGCUGAGACUACCGGCCGUUAUAGCAGCUUAUCUUCACAUUCAGGAGGCCUCGAUGAGUCUACUGUAGCUGGGGGUGUCUUCUCGAAGUACGGCCGGCCAUUUUCCGUGGAAAACGAAUCGAUCGUGAGGCAACUUAGGGGGACCAGAACGGCAAACGCGUCUACACUUGACGAUAAAGUUGAUCCUAUGAAAAUUUUGUGUCACUACGAACUAAAUGGAGCUUGUAACGACGAGAAUUGCUCCAACUAUCACCAGAAGGACUACAACUCGCUCAGAAGGAGGACGGGUGGUGUCAAACAUUACAUUUCUGAUGGCGACGAUACAAGGGAUGUGAAACGAGCUGAGCCGAAUCGAUUGCUGCUGUCAUUUGCUAAAUUUCGUGGGAAGAUUAUGAACAAGUGGCCUUUGAUUAGUACCCAGACACUUGCUGUUGCCAUCGAAAAAAGCAGCAGUGGGACUUCUGACGCACUGGAUGUGAAAAUGUCUGACGAAACCGAUGCAAUGGGGCCAGCCAAGAGCCAUGAAAUACAUAGUGGCGAAGGUUCGGACGAGUAUGAUGACGAUUUUCUAGCUCUUGAAACGGGCGAGAGACCGCUUGAGAUUGUCGAUGCUCGUUAUUUUACGAUGGGUGACUUAGGAAAGGUGAACGGUGACGCGCUUGUAGAAAACGUGGAAAAAAAUCCAAACAGUCCGAAUGCCUGGCUCCUUCUUGCUAUAAAUCAGCUCGAACUGGAUGAAGGCGCGAGCGAUGAAGUUGUGCAGUUGUCGGACGAGGAGCGCCUACAUCGACAGCUUGUUUUUCUAAGCAAAGAGCUUGACACAAAGCUCCGCGGCGAUGCCUCGCACGUCAUUGACGUUGAGGAGGCAAAUUUGAAACGAUGCCUGCAUACGCUUUCACGCGCUUUGGAAGUCGAAGCCAAUGCCUAUUGUGAAGCUCUUUGGCUACUGUACCUGUGUCUAUGCAAUCAGGUUACCAACAAGCAAACUCAACUUGACAUGGCCGAGCAAGCCGUUCAGUUUCUGCCGAAUUCUCAGGCGUUGUGGCUUCGUUACCUUUCGACAUACGACUUCGAUUCCGUGGGCAUGGCCGAAGAAAUUUAUUGGCGACUGUUGGCUCACCUUGCUCAAGGAAACGUGUCCACUGAAGAUGGACAAUAUGUUGUGAAACCAACUCCCUCAAAGCAACUGUCAAUUCUGCUGGCGGCAAUAUGCUUUCAUCUUUGUCUGAAGUUGUGGAAUGCUGGGGCAACACAUCGAGUGACUGAAAUCCUGUCAGCGUUGCUGGGGUUCGGCUCCACGUCCUCGGACAUUGAUUGUUGCAGUAUGAUUCGCAGUCAAUUACGCAGCGAAGAACUGAUCGUGUUUUGUCUGGCAUUCGCCCAUGUUCUCCUUUUCAAAGAGUUUCCCGAAUUGAUCGAGCACUGGGUAGUUGCUAGCAGCGACGAAAACAUCCCAGUCAAGGGGAUGAUUUAUAAUCUUGGAACAUUUCAGCGUGAUCGAUUUCGUAUGGAUGAAAGCGUUUAUGAUCGAGUUUUGGCCAUCUACGAUCUCGCGUACCAAACGUUUGAAAAGGAGUGCAACGACAAUCACGAUGCUGGCGGUGCUAUACUGACCAACUGGAUGCUUACAUUAGCACACCAGGACCAUCUUGACGAGAACAAGAAGACCCUGCAAACGUUUUUCAAGCAGAAGCUCGAUGCCAUUCGACAAUUUUCUGGCGCCUCUCUGGUCGCUGCCAAGCUAAUGGGGACAACACAGGUUGGCAGAGAACAGGCCUGCCAACUCAUGCUCACUAUGAUGAGUCAAAGCUCGAUAUCUACGUUUCCAGAAGCUUUACAUCAUUAUUUGUCCGCUUGUCACCUGUUUCCAGAUCUCAUCGAUACUUCAAACGAUACUUUUGUGACGGUGAUGGAGCGCUUAGCGAGUCGUCUGGGGUUUGAUGUUGAUAAGGUCAAGAAAUCUGUUUACGACAUAACGUACGGCGCCAGUAAUGUGUUGAAGUCGCGCGCUCAGGAAACGUUGCUGGCCGAUUUACUGGCUGCGUGGAUUGAUAAGUUUGGUAAGCUAAAGCGAUCAAACGAAGACCGAUCGAUUGACCAGCGACCGAAACAGCUUGCAGAUAUUUGCGUAGCACUUGAUAUAUGUCAAUUGAUGGGCAUCUUACUGGGACCAUCUGCUGCUAUUAACGGCAUUCAAACAGUGCUAGGCUCUUCGAAUUUUGGCACUUUCUCGUAUGAAGCAAGACAGCUUGCAUGGAUUCAACGCUUUGUAUUUCAGUUGUAUCUACUGCGACGAAAAGAAUCAGAAAGCCUGUCAUGGCGGGAACAUCAAGCGGGGCUGACUCGCUUACUUCGCAAGUAUAUGGGUGACAUGAGCGUGGAGGCCGAAUCGGCACGCCAAGUUUCACAGUGCGUUCGGCAUGGCAUCACUAAUAAUGCUGUGGAUGAUGCCGUGCUUGCUUGUCUGUAUCCAGAACGACGCCACUUGAUUUCAUUUGAUGUAAACCUGCAACUUUUUUCGCUUUGCUUGAACGCGGUAGUGGAGAGAGAAAAGACUGCUUUCUAUGCAUCGUUCACGACUUCACUCGCGCUUUCGCCGGAUUUUUCGCUCGCCUUUAUGAGUAUCGCUUCUCAUCGAUGGGAACUCCUGGCUGCACGAGCAAGCCUGAAAAAAUGUCUCGCUGGAGCAAAGACACGGCAUUCUUUGAUAUUGCAAGCAUUGGUAGCUUUGGAGCUACGAUUGAGAAAUAUGAAAGCAGUGUCUAGUCUUCUUGAGAGUGAAAUUGUAGCAGACCCGCUACGAUUGGAGACUUGGCGCCUUAUUGUGGGACUAGAGAUUUUGUUUGGUGAAAGAUCGGACGUGAGAUCAAAACAAAUCGCCGAAGAAGUGGCAAAACGGCAGCUUGUGUUUGCAUGUAACACAUUUAGCGAUGUUGCAAUAUUGAACCGGAAGCAUAAACUGUGGGUCGGAGAAUUGGAACCUGCGUCUCUGGUUCUGCGGGGUCUUGGCCUAAGACAAGUCCCAAAUGCUGUGCUGCUGCAUGAAAACUUGGUAUCGUUGGAUAUCAGUGGAAACGAGCUUACAGAUCUUCCCGCGGGCUUGUGUCGCCUGCAAAACCUCAAAACACUAAAUGUGUCAGAGAACGCGCUGAUUGAGCUUCCUGCUUGCGUCCACGGUCUUACUCAACUAGAAGAGCUGAGGUUGGCGCACAAUAACCUGACCACAGCUCAAUUUCCAGAGCUGCCACACCUCGUGAUCUUCGACGUUCGCUGGAAUGCAAUCACUCGCCUUCCAGCGCUGACCACAUUUUCCUCGACACGCCUCAGUGUACUGCGAGCUGAGGGAAACGCGAUUCCAGCAGACGAACUGUCAAGAGUCUCCGAUUUUUUGUCACGUAAGACAAGUGACACCUCCUGUAGCUUGACCACCAAAGAGUCAAUGUGUAAUUCUGACGAAGAUCCUGAAGAAAAAGGCGACGAUCCCUCGAAAACGCAGGCUGGCGCCAAAUCGUGUACAGGCACAUUUGGUCAACCAAUUGAGACGUGGUUCCCUGCGUCCACAGAAGUCGAAGAGACGUCUAAUGAUAUGGAUGCAGCGUCCGUCUGCGCGACACGAGAAAGUGACGAAGAUUGGGCUGUAAAGCAGAAGGUCGUCGAUGCUGCUCAAAGGCCGAUCAUAAAUGAAAAGGACCAGACGUUGAAUAACUUGAUGUCCAACCCCGAAAGUGGCAGCAUUGACCAAGUCGUGGCAGAAGACGAUUCUGGCAGACAGUCAACGUUAGGCCAGAUCUCAAUUGAAGCAAAUACUAGUGAUGAAAUGACAAACGCGAUGACCUUGGCAGGUGUCACUAUUGAUCAGAUCUUGGUUAUUGCAAACACUAGUGACGUGUUGACGGAUGAGCUGACCAUUACGAAUGGAGCUAACGAGCAGCCAAGAGCGGCAAUCGAGAUGGGCGGGUCGAAGUGUUGCACGGAACAAGGACCGGAGACGCUGACAUCCGACGAUCAUGCAAGUGGUACCCGUGACACCGAGAUCGUGGCGGCGGCGGCGACAAACAGUGUGAUCGACCUGGCGAUCUCUGACGUCCAUGAUCCUUCCACGGCCAGGCUGGCUGAAAAUGAAGUGCUUGCGCGCGAUCAGUCUGACGUUGGCUCCACUGCAGCUUCUCUAAGACAGUCUGGGAAUGAUGAGGUAACUAUCACUCGGAGAGAUCUUGUGGAGUACAUGGAGCUGAAUCAUAUCCGUAGUCGGGCCGAAGUCCGAGAGCAAAACCCAACAUUGUGGCGACAAUUUUUAGCUACCUCUCUCCCCAUGGGUUUGGAGUUGCCAGCGUGUCGAUUGUGCUUCGCGCCAAAUGAUGGCUACAACCAGCGUUUCAACACCACAGUUCUGUGUUUGCGUUGUCUGGAAGACGCACUCAUCGUACUAAAGGAUCGAAAUGAGAACUCGAACGAGGCACAGGAGAGCACCUAA